AUGCAGUCAGACAUACCUCCCACGCAGCCCAUCGUGGAACACUCCCCAAAGCAUCUAUCAGAGUCCUCAACACGCUCCCCAAAAGACAUUAAGCCGCCAUCUGAGCCCUCAAAACGCGCAUCAGGAGCGACAAGAGGCACAUCAGAAGCCAUAAAGCCCCCUUCACAUGCUGGAAAGCUCAGCUCAUCAACGCUGAACGACUCACCAUUCAUACCACUGUCGAUGCGAGCCCUCUACUUCACCCCAGACGGAUCAGACAACGACACACCCGAUGGAGUCCCAGAAGGAGAAAUCAGCGACGCCAUCUCACCCGACACAAGCACAAGCGUCGUGCGCCAGAAAGGAACAAACAUCGUCUUCGACGCUGGGUUCCCGACCCCGCAGCCCUCCCCUCAGCAAUACCUGCUGAAGAUCGCCACAGCAGCCUUCUGUCACGACGAGAUCCGUCUCGCCAGACUCCUCAAUCCCCCAAAGACCACGCCGCAUAUCCCACUGCACAGUCUCUGCGGGACAGUCGUCAGCACUCCGCGCGACGACGAGGGGCGGGAAGAAGGCCCGAAGUUCAAAAUUGGUGACGUGGUCUUCGGCGUGGUGAGCUAUACCCGUGAUGGCGGAGCUGCAGACUAUGCAGUCGCGACUGAGACCGAGCUAGCGCUGAAACCGGAUAAUAUCACUUUUGCUGAGGCGGCGGCACUUGCGCUGCCGGCGUUGACGGCUUGGCAAGCACUUUUUCGGUAUGCCGGGCUUGAUCCUGACUUGCCUGGCGGGUUGGGCGAGGGCGAUGAUGAGUUUGCGAAUGGGACGGGGCGGUGGCUUUGGCAGCGUCAACGCCGUGAGUCCGUGCUCGGUAGCAGGGAUUAUGGCUACGGGCGCCGCAAAAGCAGUAAUAGCGGCCUGUUAAAUCAUACUAUAAGUGGUAAUGGUAACGAAAGUGGGAACGGGCAUUGGGUUUGGCAGUGGAAUCGCGGCGGCUCCAGAACAAGUGCCAGUGGCAGCGUCAGCGGCAACGGCAACGGUUCCGACAUUGACAACAUCCCUCCAGCUGCUAGAGCGGUCAAUCCCGCCCCCAGUCCUACGAAUGUGCGUCGCGAGAGCCUAAUCAGUCUCGUCAGCGGUAAUCCCAGUGGCAAGAAAACCGUUGCUCGCGCUGCCAGCACAGUUGACCCCAAUCCCAAGAGUACUGUCCGCCGCAACAGUUUGAUCAGCCUGAUCACGGGCAACACCGACGCUCCAUCCUCUCGCGCUGCGAGCACAGUCGAUCCCACAGCUAAUCCCGAUGCCAAUAGCAAACCCCGCCGCGGCAGCUCUAGCCCGAGACGGCGCAGCAGCCUGUUAGGAAGCAUAAUUGGCGCUAAUUCCAACGGCAGCGGGAAGCCAAAACCGCCUAUUAUCCGAGUACUCAUCACCAACGCCCGUGACAGUGACAUCGGCCGUAUCGCAGUGCAGAUCCUGCGAGCAGAUUCGCUCUUCCCCAUAGCGUUCCGGCCGUGGGUCUGUGUAACCUGCACGCAAGUCGAAGCCGAUAUCAUCGAGAAGGACUGGGAGGUGGACGAGAUAGUCAUCAUCCCGCACCUCCCGUCGCCUGAAGAGUGUAAUAUCGAGAAGGUGUUCCGCACGCGCCGCUGGGAGCCGGUUGAUAUUGUACUCGACUGUGCUGGUGGAGAAGUAUUCCGAGCUGCCCAUGCUGCCGGUGUCGUUAAGGACCAUGGGGCUGUGUUGACUGUCGUGGAUGGCCAGGUUGCGCUGCAGUCUCCGCUUGUUCCUGAGAAAGAUGUGCUGGGCGAGAGGAAGCGUGGGAUUAAAAGCCGGUUUGUGCCUGUCAAUCCUGAUGGGCCGGCUCUGGAGCGGAUUGCGGAGCUGGUGGAGCAGAGUCUGGUCCGUGGGAGGGAGGUUACUAUUGUUGAUCUUUCGCAUGCGGUGGAUCUUUUGGCUUCUGGGGCUGCUGGGACGGCGGGGAGUCGGCGCGGUGGGAUGGUGGUUGUUAGGGUUAAUAGUGUUGCGUUCACGUAG